AUGGGCGUGGCAAAUCCACGCUCGAUCGGCUGGGCCGCCGUCCAAGCACUCACGCAAUCACACGAGGUUAUCGUCACGUACCAAAACGAGCGCGUGGCACGAGCCUUGCGUGAUCUGACCGCAGACAAUCCUAGAAUCCUUGGUUGUUUUCCCUGUGACGUCGAACAAGAUGACAGCAUUCCUCGAUUAUUUCAAGAAUACAUUCCGGAGGUGUUACAAAGCGCUACCCCUGUUUGCAGGCAUCCCCAGUCUCUGGGCGAUGAGGAAGAUUAUAAAAUUGAUGCCAUCGUUCAUAGCAUAGCGUACGCUAAUUUUGAAAAGACAACACUCGGCAAUGCUUCGUGGGAGGCCUACCAACAAGCGCAGCAUAUAUCUGCCUACUCUUUUCUGGAAACGGCCCGAUGCGCUUUGCCGCUCUUGCCCAAAAGAGACCCCGAUAUCCCGGCAUCGUGGUCGCUCUCUUCAUCCAUCACCGCCCUCACGUACCUCGGCGCGGUCAGGGCUGUACCCAACUACCAUAUUAUGGGACCAGUCAAGGCGAGCUUGGAAGCUCUGGUGCGCGGCUUGGCUGCUGAGUAUGGCCCAACAGGAGUGCGCGUCAAUGCCGUGUCGGCCGGACCUUUGAGGACCCAGGCGGCUAAAGGCAUUCCCGGCUUUACACUGCUACACCAGCAAGCGGCAUCUCAAUCUCCUUUACAACGAGCAGUGACGAAGGAAGAAGUGGCCGAUACUAUUGCCUUUCUGGCCAAUAAAGGCACGGGGAUUACCGGUCAAACUAUUUUUGUCGAUGGAGGCUUCAGUAGCGUGGUCCCAUUGCCAGCUGGCCACGUAACCUGACGCGUGGAAAUGAUAAGCGUACAACACUUCUGUAGCGUCUUUCUCUGGGACGCUUCUUUUUCUGUUUCAAAAUUCGGAACAGGCUUGUGGUGCGUGUCUAAAUGGCUAAGCCGUAUAUAUUGUCAUAGAUAAUACUCAGCGUAUGAGCCCGUUUUUGUGCCCCGCUGCCCCCAAAAUGGGCUUGUACACCGAGUAUAUCUAGGACGAUACAUACGGCUCGAACCAAUAGAUUUACAAAGUCCUAAAAUUUUCAUUGCUCUCUC